CGCGGUCCCCUUCGUCAUCUAAACAAAUCUUCGGCUCAAACCGAACCUCUCGACGAUCUCUCUUCGACUUUUGUUCUCCUCUCAUCACCGCUUCUCCAGCUAUUAUAUCUACACAACAUCGCCGCCUCGCACUUCAUAAUGACACCCUCGUCGCCUCUGACCGAUACAGAAGCUCCGGCCGUCAAGCGAGCUAAACAAAGCUCGAAAGAUAGAUCAGGUGUUGACGAGACCGUAGAGGAUUGGCAGAACGGAUGGGUAGCCAAAAUGUGGGGAACCGCCAAGCCCGGUACGACGGCCGAUCCUGACGGCCGUACCGACGCCAUGAUGGUCGACGAGGACCAGGCUCGAGCCGAGGACUCGAAGCAGCCCGGAGGAGAAGGGUUGAACGCUUUGGUAGCCGCCAUCCCAGACGACGGGGAAUCCGCCCCCGGAUACGAUGCACACUCGGUGCCAUCCAAUACAUCGGCCACCGCAACGACGAACGGGAACCGCAUCAAGAUCUCCCUCAAGGUCCGGGAUGCCGCAGAGGCCGAGGACGACCAGCCGGAAGAGGACGACGUCUCUUCGAUCACGAGUACGACUAUCCCGUUCAACGAUAGCGGGAGCGAGGGUUCUGAUCCUGCCGGUGCACCUGUACCACCAGGAUGGGAUGAGAUGGAAGUGGAGGAGGAUGGAGAAGGAGAGGCGGAUGUCGAGGAAAAGCCCGUCAAGCAGGUGCCGAUAGUCUUGAAGAAGAAGCCCGAGGGUCCCGCUCCGGGGGCCAACUUUGAUGAUGAUUCCGUGAGCGAGUUGACGGCGUUCACGGACGAGUCAGAGGGAGAAGCUGAGGAUGACGAUGAUGACGAGGAUGAUGACGAGGAUGAGGAGGACGAGGAAGAAGAGGAAGAAGCCGGACGUAAAGAUGCUGGAGCUUCGGUUCCCCCUCCCAACGCCAACGCCAGCACGACGACGGGGUCGAGCAAGACUUCCCCUACGCAACCUGUCGCUCAAAAGCCGCUCAGCGCGCGAAAGCCGAGCAUAUUCGGGACUCGGUCGGAUGAGCCGGAAGGUCAGGAUGAUGGCGAGGAGAGCGAGUUGACGGAUAGCGAUGUCGAAUCCACGACGACGGCGACGACAAGGAACAAGCCCGCUGUCAACCAUGUCAGCAAUGAUAAGAGUGUCAAACCGAUCUCGAUCAAGGUGACCCCAGCCAAAUCGACUACAGGGGAUGACGAUGACGAGCCCACCACCCCGACCGCCACGACGGCGUCUGGAAACCCAGCAUCGAGGAGGUUGUCAAAAGCAGGCGAUGACGAGGAGAAACCGUAUUCCCCGCCCAAGACCGCGAAGAAGGGGAUCCUGGGCAGGUCGGCGGCAGGUGCAGGAGAGGGGGAGACGGAAUCGAUCGUGUCGGACGACGACGAGGAAGACGAUGACGAGGGUGGCCAGGGUAUGCUGGUCAAGGACGCUGUGAGGCGGGAGAGCGAGGGCAAGGCGAAGAAGACCAGUGAGGAUGAGGAUGAUGACGAGGACAAGGGGGUCGCUGGGGAGAGGUCGUUGGAGGAACGAGCCGCAUCGCCCAGCUCGACGAAAUCGAAGCGGAUCUCUGCCACACCAGUGCCUUCGGCCACCUCGCACUUGAUCACCAAUAACCUCUCAUCGGCGACCACGCAGACUACUUUGGAGGCCCUCCAAGCGUUGCUCCAGAUCGAGGUCAAAUUCGCCGCUCUGAGGGACCAGCUAUACGUCGAAAGGAUGGACGAGCUGAGUCGGGAAGAAGAGGUCAUUGCGGAUGGCUCCCAUCCGUCCUUGUUGCACUUGCAUCAAAUCCUACAAGACCGACGAGAAAACUUGCUGCACCUGGCUGAACUGCGGUUGAAGCAAAAUGAGCUUGAACUCGUUCGAGUCAGGGAAUCGGACAAGAAGGCCGUCAUGUCGUGGUGGCAAGAUGCGAAGGAUACGCUCGUACGGGAUGAAUACGAAAAUAAUGCGAGGAAGAAGCGAAGGCUGGACAAGGACAAGGCGGAUUACGAGAUUGUCAAGCCCGCUCCGCGACCCCUGCCACCCAAGCAACCGACCCGCCUCGAUGCCGAGGCUCGGACCUUCGCAUGGGAACGUGGCCCGAGCAUCACAGCUCUCAUGCAGGAAGAAGUCGCUUCCGAUCUGGCCAAGAUAGGGGCGGCGGCACGAAGCCAAUAUCGGCAGUUGCAUCACGGUCAUCGUCAACAACACGUCAUGGCGGGAUACGGCCGGUAUGCGGGAGAAGACCCCGCAAUGAUGGCAGCCGAUACGGGUUCGCUCAUGUUCGACCCGACCGGGGCUCGCCCUGUCGUGAACGGAGCUGGACACCAUCAUCACGUCGUACCCACUGCCAGCAGCUCCUCGCACCCAACGGGGUCGAGACAACGCCAUUAUGCGCAGACGCCUUCGGCUUAUGAUUUGCAUGCCGGAGGUGGGUUACCGCGUGACCGUGACCGGGAACCUCGACGUGAAGGCAGGCAGGUCCCUACUUCGAAUUCGGAACCGUUCGACCCUCGGCGGCGCGACCGUGUUGAAGACCCUAUCCUGAGCGGUCGAAUCAGGCGAGAUAUGGCUGUCGAGGAUACCCGUGAUCCCAAACGGAGAAAGACCGGUAGCGAUAGUCCCGCACCGCUCAACGGGAUGGGACAUCAAUCAUCACACGUAGUAACCCCCGCUAUACAGGACGAUCCUCGACGGAUACCUAGACGCUCCCAAUCGCCACCGAUACAGUCUGCCAAGGUGAACGGCCUCAAGGUGAAUCCCAACGACGGACCUUCCGCAGGAUACGGCCAUCUAGGAGGUAAUGGCGCCAUGGAACGGAAUCGAGCUUGGAACUAUCGUUGGGGUAACCUCGGGACUUCAUCCCGUCUCGCGAACAGUCAGCCCAUGCCAGGUAUGGCCGCAGCGCGGAAUUGAAUUGGAUCAGAGUGUUUUUCGGAGACCAAGCGAUCUUAUAAUGAAUGUAGCGACCUGGGUCCGAGAAUUAACGUUUGAACUUUAUGAUUGAUUGUACUCCUAUCUCUUGUCAUGCUUGUCAUUGUAUUCAGAGGUAGACCCAAAGCCGACCCUACGCGGCUUGAUACCCGUUCUAUUGCGCUACGCUGACUACUGAAGAUUGGUUCUUGGAGGCUUGUUCACCUCUUCACUCGCGCUCGCCUCGGAUGAUUCGGAUCGAUCA